AUGUUUUCGCUGUCCCUCGUUCUCCUCAUCGUGCCAUUUGCCGAAGGCGGCUGCUAUCAGCGGCGAAUGUGCUGCACUGGCAGAAACACAUCAUGCAAGGCAAUCGACGAUGGAAUAAGGCAUUUGCCAACUAUGAAUCCAUACCGAAAGAUGGACGAUUCGAACCGAUCUCAUCAUGGUUUACCAAAAACAGGACCGUUCUCAACGUAUCAAACUCCUUACUACGAAGCAUCUGGCGACGGCUACGAUCUAGUCUAUCCGGAUGUCUUCGAUUCAGAACAUCACCAACGCAUUGGAAAAGUUGUGUUUCCGGAUGUGAUAGAACUAGAAGGAUCAGGUGCCGGAGACAUAUAUCUUCGAUAUGCUCCAACUGAUGAUGAUGUUGUGUCAAAUCGUGUUCCAAAAAGCAGUCAUCAUGAUCAUGGAACAUCACCAGCACGAAAAAUCACACACUUUUUGUUCGGAUAUCCUGAAGGGCCGGAUCAACCACCGGAAGAUAUUCAACGGUAUACGCCGAAACCGAAACAUCUUCUCAUACGAUACUCAAUCCUUAGCCAACACAUACCGUUAACUGUUUCUACGACACCAACAUCAGAUUAUUACGACGAUGAAGACCAACAACUUAUGUACCUGGAAGCACCGCCUACCGACUGUUAUUGCGACGAAACAUGUGUUGUGCUUGGUGAUUGCUGUUCUGACUACACAUUUGUGUGUCCACGUAGAGACUGCGCUGUUUCUUCAUGGGGUCCAUGGGAGAACUGUGUUGCCGAUGAUGGUGUAUGCGGAAUUGGAGUCCAGCAAAGAACUCGAUAUGUCACACAAAAACCUGAACGAGGCGGUCAGCAAUGUCCACCGCUGAAAGAAAUGCGCACGUGCCACACACAGUGUUCAAAACGGCGAUCCUUAGAUGAUAUCACAACAGUUGCACUGUUACUAGAUUAUCGUUACAAUGACACUCGUUCGAAGAUGGCUCGUGACAACAUCUACUGGGACCUACCAUCGGUUCACGAAAAGCUCAAAGAAGCAACCUACUAUUGCGUAAAGUACAAAAUCGGAUGGGUGAACAGAAAUUGUUGGCAUAAGCAGUUCAAGACACGCUUAUAUAGAGGUAACACGAUAUGCGCUGAAUGUCAACCGGAAGCCACAUUGCACCGUAAUAAUGGCAGAUGCGCAUCCGAUUUGGAGGACGGUGAACAAGGUUUCUGGAAGUUAAUUGGACCAAAAUCAUGUAAUGGUAUGUGGACACGAAUCGGAAGAGACAACAACUGUCAUUGUUCAAAAAAUCAUGCGGACUUGGAUCCAUUCCUGAUCGUCUAA